UGGCAGGCGCUGUUCAAUGGCUACAUCCCACCACAUCACCAAGGCCAGAGCCUUUUGGUCCCAAGCCUCAUGUGGUGUCAAGAAGGCGCUGGGAUUGGCAUCACUAAUGAGGAGCCAAUCAUGUUUGACGGAGCACGCGUCACCAAAGAGGAGGACAACAUCUGGUUCAGACCGGCCGAAGUGGAUGACAGUGGACUGUACUCCUGUGUGCUGAGGAACUCGUCGUACUGUGUGAAGGUGGCCAUGUCUCUGGACGUGCUGCAGAAUGACUCGGCUCCGUGCUACAACUCCCAGCUGCGUUUCUCUGAGAGGGCCGAACUCAGCAAGAGCAAAACCAUCAGCUGCCCCGACAUCGAGCUCUACACCACCCCCGGGGUAGUGCCGCUUAAUCACCCACCCAGGUCAUUGCCGUGUGUCGAGUGUGAGCUGCAGGAGUGGAGAGCCAGUGUGCGUCUGCAGGAGACGUCUCUGGUGUUUGAGUCGGUGCAGGAGGACGACUCGGGAAACUACACCUGUGAGCUGCAGCUUGACCGCUUCCUGGUGCGCCGCACCACUCACCUGAGCAUCACCGCUCCUCUGACAGAUAAGCCACCCAGACUUCUCUUUCCCGCUGAGAAUAAACUCAUCACCAUGGAGAUGCAGCUAGGAAGUGUGGUGAACCUGACAUGUUGGGCCUGGUUUGGCUACAGUGACAUGAGUCCAGUGCUCUACUGGCUGAAAGGAGACCGCUUCAUCGAGGACAUGGACCAAACACGCAUCAGAGAGAGUGAGAUGAGGCUGGUCCAGGAGCAUCUGGGGGAGAAGGAGGUGGCCGUGUCCCUGACCAUCGACUUCCUGGAGGAGGAGGAUUUAGGAAACUACUCAUGCUACGCUGAGAAUGCUGUUGGAAAGAGAUACGCCAGUGUCAUAAUCACCAGACGAGAGCUGAUGUAUACGGUGGAGCUGGCUGGAGGGCUGGGUGCAGUGCUGUUGGUGCUGGGACUCCUCCUGUCUCUGUACAAGUGCUGCAAGCUGGACAUCCUCCUCUGCUACAGGCAGUACUUUGGCAGUGAGGAACCAGACAUGGAGGAUAAGGACUACGAUGCGUACCUGUCCUACAGCAAGGCGGAACCUCAGUGGGGGGAGGAGCUUGAGGAGGAGGAGAACUUUGCCGUGCACAUCCUCCCUGAGGUGCUCGAACGGCAUUAUGGGUACAAACUCUUCAUCCCCGACAGGGACCUCAUCCCCACAGGAAGUCUGAGCGUAGAAGAUGAUUCACAUCUGCUUAGAGCCUACAUUGAGGACGUGGCGCGCUGCGUUGACCAGAGCCGGCGUCUGAUCAUCGUGCUGACCCCCGGUUACGUGCUGCGUCGCGGCUGGAGCGUCUUCGAGCUGGAGGCGCGUCUCCGCAACAUGCUGGCGUCCGGCGACAUCAAGGUCAUCCUGAUCGAGUGCGCGCCCCUCCGCGGCCUCAUCAACUACCAGGAGGUGGAGGCGCUCAAGCAGGGCAUCAAGGCCCUGAGCGUCCUGCACUGGACCGGAGAGGCCAGCUCCAAGCCCAGCUCGCGCUUCUGGAAGAGCCUCCGCCUGGAGAUGCCCUUCCGCCGGCCUCCCCCGCGCCCGAGCCUGGCCCGGCGCCAGCCGCUGGACGCCAGCGAGGCGGGGCCCUUCGCCGACCUGCGCGGCGUCUCGGCCGUCUCCAUGGCGACGGCGGCGGCCCCGGCAGUGGUGGCCACGGCGACGUCGGCGGCCCCGCCGGACCUGCGCUCCUCGUCGCUGACCUCUCUGCGAGGGGUGGGGGCGGUGGAGCGCUACCACGCCACGCUGCUGCGCCAGAAGAACCCCUACCAGCCGCAGGCGCCCGCCAACCUGACGCAGCAUCGCAACUACGAGGUGCCCUACGAGGUGCCCGCGCUGACCCGCACCGGAACUCUGCCCCCACAGCACACCUACUGCAACAUCCCGCUCACGCUGCUCAACGGACAGCACACACACACGCACACACACGGUCACUCGCACAACACACACAACACACACACGCUGGGCAAGGGCCGGCCCCAGAGACAGCGCAGCCUUGACCAGCCCUAUGCCAAUCACCAUGCCAUACUGCCGCUGUUGCCACGGGAGACCAGCGUGUCCAGUGUCAUCUGGUGACCACAGAGGGGCCACACACACACACACACACACACACACACACACACACACACAUACAUUACACAUAAAUGAAAACUCACACCACUCACACACAAACACACACAUAUACACAAACUAUACACAGAUCCACAUUCCUACAAUGGUUGGAUUGUCACAAACUCCUGACUCGAGAAGCUAUAAACAUAUUGUGUGUGUGUGUGUGUGUGUGUGUGUGUGUGUGUGUGUGUUUUAGAGAGAGUGUGUAUAUCUGCAUACCAAGGCCACUGGUUGACUGAGUUGAUUGAAGUCACAUCAUGUCCUCACACACAGAAUGAAAUAAUGACGAUGGAAAACAGGGUACUGUACAGUAUUUGCUAUUUUUGUAGCAUCGCUGUCUUCCUGUUUAUCUUUUUAAACUUGUAUUAACUUAAAUUUGUUUGGGAUGAUUUUCUUAAAACUGCAGUAUUUUGUUUUAUUUCCUUCGGCUGUUUUUGGUUUUGGUUGGGUCAUGAUGUUAGAGUUUGCCUGUGGAAUGACUUUUUUGGUUUCUUUUCUUGUUGAUUUUUUGUCUUCUAGACUUUGUGAAGUUUUGAGGAAUUCCUUCCCUGCCAAUAGGGGUGGACUAAAACAUUAAGUUUCUAUUUUGGGGCUGUAAGUUUCAGUUCUGUUUUACAGAGGAAAUAAAUAUAUAGAUUAUGCAAAAAGAUUAUAAAGAAGCCAGAAAUCUCUAUCUCUCUCCCUUUCUCUCUCUCCCUCUCCCUUUCUCUUUCUCUCUCUCCCUUUCUCUUUCUCUCUCUCCCUUUCUCUUUCUCUCUUUCUUUAUCUCUGUCUUAUUGGCUUCAUCUGUUUUCACACAGACUCUCGUUGUGGGAUGACACCAAUAACCAACUAAGCUGAUGUCCCCCCAGAGUAUUUUAUAGAGAAGAAAAACCUAUAUUUUUAUAAGAGAAAUGUCUUAUACUGGGAUGGGCAGGGGAAUGGACUGGCGAAUGGAUUAUGAUGUUUUAGUAUACAGUACUAUAUGGGGGGUUGAUAUUCAUUUUCUGACCAUACAUUUGUGUCUAUAAUAGAAGUUAUUUUAAACAAUGGCCUUCUUAUCCAGGUUUUGGUGUUAAGUAAGUCAUGUUUGAGAAAAGUGAGUUUAAUUUAAAGGGAAAUGCUUUAGGGCCUACAGGGGCGUCACAUACUCAGCCGUAUAUACUAUAACUAAUAUUUAUAAGAAGCUUUAUAUGAUUUCACAGCACUCCACAUGAGGAAGGAUUGGGCUCUUUCUUUAAGAGAAUUCUCAUACUUAUGUUUCCUUAGUCAUGCACUGAUCAUUAAAACCAGACAAUGGA